ACCAUGCCUGCCCUCGCCCGUCGCGCUUAUUCUGUAAGAUACAAAGCUGGUUUGCUUGUAGUCUUUCCGGCGUGAGCGGAAGGGGAAGGUUUAGUACCUCCAGCAUCUCAUUCACCCGUACAUGGAAAGGGGACAGCACGCCGGUGCUGAAACACCUAGUGAGACGGAUAAAGCACCCGCCGGCAUCUCACUGCUGGGGCCGUUUUGGUCGAAGAUCUGAUUAUACCUGACAAGCUUGAGGAUUCAGAGAAAGCCUAACUGUCACCAUGUCGACUUCAAUGCUACGCCGUCAGCUGAAGAACAUCGUUCAGAACUUCUCUGAGGCAGAAAUCAAGGUUAGAGAAGCAACAUCCAACGACCCAUGGGGUCCGUCCAGCUCUCUGAUGUGCGAGAUCUCCGACCUCACCUACAACGUGGUGGCCCUGUCUGAGAUCAUGAACAUGCUCUGGAAGAGACUCAGCGACCAGGGAAAGAACUGGAGGCACGUUUACAAGGCCCUGACUCUGUUGGAGUGUAUGGUCAAGACUGGCUCGGACCGAGUGGCCCAGCAAUGCCAGGAGAACAUUUCUGUCAUCCAGUACCUCACGGAGUUCCAGUACAUUGACAAGGACAGCAAGGAUCAGGGCGUGAAUGUGAGGGAGAAAGCAAAGCAGUUACUCGUGCUACUGACAGACGCAGGCAAACUGCAGGAGGAGAGGAGCCAUGCGCUGAAGACCAAAGAGAAGAUGGCCAAGUCUACCAACACUUCUUCGGCCACCCCACCGCCGGCCCCUGUAGCUGGCCCUAUCGACAUGGACCGGGUUCUGGGUGGUGUGGCUGCUCUGCAGCUUGAAAUGGCCAGAAAGAAGGAAAUGGCUGCGCAGUCUUCUGCAAUAGAGAAGGGGACUGUGGAUACCCAAGAAGGUGAUGGGCCCUCCAAAUCCCCUCCUGCAAGUAAUGAUCCUUGGGGCGGUGAUGGGACCUCUACUGCCCCUCCUGCAAACAAUGAUCCUUGGGGAGGUGAAGAGACCUCCAAAUCCCCUCCUGCAAGCAAUGAUCCUUGGGGAGCUAAAGAGACCUCCACUGCUGCUCCUGCAAGCAACGAUCCUUGGGGAGGUAAAGAGACCUCCUCUACCGCUCCUGCAAGCAAUGAUCCUUGGGGAGGUAAAGAGACCUCCACUGCCCCACCUGCAAGCAAUGAUCCUUGGGGAGGUGAAGAGACCUCCUCUACCGCUCCUGCAAGCAAUGAUCCUUGGGGAGGUGAAGAUACCUCCACUACCACUCCUGCAAGCAAUGAUCCUUGGGGAGGUAAAGAGACCUCCAGUGCUCCUUCUGCAAGCAGUGAUCAUUGGGGAGGUGAAGAGACCUCCAGUGCUCCUCCUGCAAGCAAUGAUCCAUGGGGAGAUAAAGAGACCUCCAGUGCUCCUCCUGCAAGCAAUGAUCCUUGGGGAGAUAAAGAGACAUCCAGUGCUCCUCCUGCAAGCAAUGAUCCUUGGGGAAAUAAAGAGACCUCCAGUGUUCCUCCUGCAAGCAAUGAUCCUUGGGGAGAUAAAGAGACCUCCAGUUCUCCUCCUGCAAGCAAUGAUCCUUGGGGAGAUAAAGAGACCUCCAGUUCUCCUCCUGCAAGCAAUGAUCCUUGGGGAGAUAAAGAGACCUCCAGUGCUCCUCCUGCAAGCAAUGAUCCUUGGGGAGAUAAAGAGACCUCCAGUGCUCCUCCUGCAAGCAAUGAUCCUUGGGGAGGAAAUGGUACAUCCACUGCCCAUCCUGCCGACUCAGAUCCAUGGAGAGGUGACAGUACCACAGGAGAAGCCUCUUCUGAUCCUUGGGGCUCCAGUGGAGACUCAGAUCACAGCAAAAUCACUACAGAUGGAGGGUGUGGUGGAACCAGCACAGAAAGUGGCCAUACAGCUGCGCCCAUUGCCGUAUCACCACCUCUCCCAGUCAGUAAAACACCUGACUCAUUCCUCGGUCCAGAUGCAGUGGAUCUGGACUCCCAGGUGUCUAGCAAACCGGCACAGCCCAUCUCUACUCCUGUCUCCUUGUCCUCUGUACAAAACCCUACCGUAGAAUCAAAGAAUAAGGAAGGAUAAAACAGAAACAUCAAGUAAAAUUAAUCAUACUUGUUACUAAGACAAUGAUUGUGACUGUGUUUUGAUGUGAGCCAUAAUUCACCUAGUGACCAUUUAUAUCUAAAACGUUAGUAGUCUCGCUUUAGCUUCAUUUGUUUUUCUCUUUCCUUCUCUCCCAUCCUUCCCCAUCAUUCACAACCAUAUUCUUACAUUUUUUUCUUUGCUCUCAGGCUUAACUCUGAUCAUAAGCAGACAGAGUUUGACCAAAACAGCCUCCUUUUUUGCUUCAUCUGGCUGCCGUCUUGCCAGAGGCUUUGCUUGGCCUCACUCAGUCACCCAUCAGCCAUGUAUCUCCUGGGAAACCGUUACACUGGGGGAAUUUCCCUGAUAAAGGCCUUAUCCGGUCCAGUAAUGCAAACACUAUCAACCCUAACAGCACAGUAAUGGUGUUCUGCUAAUGGCCAAAUGGUGCUUGCCACUCUUUAGACUGCAAAUCCCGAGGAAGACAUUUCAAAGGGAAGGGAGACAGGAAUGGCGGGUGGAAGGGAGACAGGAAUGGCAGGUAGAAGGAGACAGGAAUGGUGGGUGGAAGGGAGACAGGAAUGGUGGGUGGAAGGGAGACAGGAAUGGCGGGUAGAAGGAGACAGGAAUGGUGGGUAGAAGGAGACAGGAAUGGCGGGUAGAAGGAGACAGGAAUGGCGGGUAGAAGGGAGACAGGAAUGGCGGGUGGAAGGGAGACAGGAAUGGCAGGUAGAAGGGAGACAGGAAUGGUGGGUGGAAGGGAGACAGGAAUGGUGGGUAGAAGGAGACAGGAAUGGCGGGUAGAAGGAGACAGGAAUGGCGGGUAGAAGGGAGACAGGAAUGGCGGGUGGAAGGGAGACAGGAAUGGCGGGUGGAAGGGAGACAGGAAUGGCGGGUAGAAGGGAGACAGGAAUGGCGGGUGGAAGGGAGACAGGAAUGGCAGGUAGAAGGGAGACAGGAAUGGCAGGUGGAAGGGAGACAGGAAUGGUGGGUAGAAGGAGACAGGAAUGGCGGGUAGAAGGAGACAGGAAUGGCGGGUAGAAGGGAGACAGGAAUGGCGGGUAGAAGGGAGACAGGAAUGACAAGUGAGCCAACAGCCACAGGAGAAACAGCCUUUUUAUGACCCAGCCUGCAAGCAGUUUAUGUCAUUUAUGUGAAAGUAUUUGGUUUUUCUUCUGAGUAGUUCUGUACUGGAAAAAGGAAAUAGAAAGCAACUAAAGGUACACUCAGUAUAAUAAAGAAAAAGAGAGACAUUGUACUAUUUAGUAAAAUAUUAAGGAGUCACAAAAUGCACAAGACGCUACAGCCUGAGAGAGAAGAGUGAGGCAGGGUCUCACAAGAUCUACUAGCUUUAUUACCUUAUAGAAAUACACCAUUUCCAUUACUAAGUAACAAGUGAUACUUUUGGUUAACAGCUGCCACUUUCUGCCAUCUCAGUUGUGUUCUGUCAUUGGGGAAAAAGUCACCCAGCUAAUGAUGUGAAUCCCUGGUGGGUCGGGUUCUAGGCAGGUGGUUUGAGUUAAUUUUUCAAGAUGUGUAAGGUUAGUUGAGUUAGUUGCUUUGGCUGAUACAUGCUUAGACAGGACAAGUUGGGCAAAGAGAGCAGAAAAUUCAAAGAGUGUAGAGACAAACACGUAAACCAUACUCUGUCAUUUUGCUGAACAGGAUCACUAAAGGCUCGGUCUAAAUGUAUUUGUUGAUUUAAACAGCGUUUUAGGCACACUAUUUGAGAAUCAGUAACAUUUUGAAUAAAUUAUAACCAAAUUAUUGUUUGAAAUAAUCACUUAAAAUAGUCAUUUUGGAGUUUCAGUCACUGCAAUAGUCCUAAAAACAGACCCUGCUUUAAAUUUGCCUGGAUGCUUCUCUCCCUCCACCAUCACCCAGUCAAACUGCAGACAUUCCUUUUAAUGAACCUUAUGCAGGUAAAUAAAUGUAGGUUUAUUUGAACUAUAUAUUUAAAUAUUUAUUGAUGUAAUUAAAUGUUGAAUUAUUUUUUAAUAUUAAAGAGUUGGGUGUAUAUAUUUAAAUUAUUUUAAGCUAUGAAUGAAAACGUCAUUUGUAUGUAAAUGAACAUUGGGCCCAAGUGUGUCUAUUUCCUGCUAAUGUCACUAAUGAUCUGCGAUCUGAAAGCUGUAUGUCCAGAGUUGUCAUAUUUUCUUGUUCUGUUCAUACACUGGAAUGCAAAUGAAGCAGCCAGAAUUCCAGCUGGAACUGCGCAGUGGGCUAGUCUCUCUUAAAAAUGCUCGUCUCUGCGACUUAUGCUGACGCGAUAUUCUCUUUUUAACCUGCAAUGUAGAGAACAACAGAAAGACAACUGUUACAUACACUGAGUUGGAAAUAACAGCAGAGAAGUUGUGUUAUUUUAAACUUUAUUGGUAUGAUUGAUGGUAAGCAAUAUGUUUCGAGCUCUCCUGGUGUGUAGCUUAUGUGCUUUUGAGAUUCGUUAUUGUGAUUAGUUAUGAAAGUCACCAAAUCCAAGUUUCAGAGUGAUUUUGCAUUUAAUGCUGUUAGGGGCCGAUAACCAUGUUUGACUAAGAUUUCUAUAAAGAUGCAUCUAAAAAUUGCCCUCCUGAUCUUUUUCAUUACAGCAGCUCAGGAUUAAUGCGUUACAGUCAAUUGCAACAGCUAAAUCUGAAGGAACAUGAUACAUGUUAAAAAUGAACAUUGUCUUUCGGUGUCAACAUUAGUACUAAAUCCAGAUUGGAAUUUAUCAAGGACUUUUUUUUUAGUUAAAAUACGACUGUAACUGGAGAAUGCUUGCUGGCAGAGAGUGGUUUGGGGUGGGUGUACACUGCUAGCAAUGGUCAAUAUCCUAGAAGCAGUGAAAUGCUUCACUGAAAAAUUGUGUUUAACUAGAUGGGCAUUUUGGUUGCCUUAAGAAUAAAAUGCGUAUACUAGUACAGUGCAAAACAAAACUCUGAGACAGUCACUCUGUUGUUAUACCUUACGACCAAAGCAAUGGUCUGGUUUCCUUAUUGUACUGAAUAUACAAUAAAUACAUCCACCCUAUCA